UUCCCAAUGUAUUCCUCUAGCUACUAUCUCUUCCAUUUUUGUUUUCUUUUCAUCAUAUCAUCAACUUGUCUAGCUCAAACCAAUUUCCAUCCUAAAACAUUCUUCCUUGCAGUGAAACAAGAUCCUUCUACUCUACAAUACAUCACCCAAAUUCAGCAACGAACACCUCUAGUCCCCGUUAAACUCGCGGUCCAUGUUGGUGGCGAAAACCUAUGGGUGGAUUGCGAAACGGGCUUCAAAAGCUCAACGUACAAGCCCGCUCGUUGCAAUUCAAGGCAAUGCAAUCUCGCAAGAUCAACAUCUUGCGGAGAUUGUAAAACCAAAAAUAAAGCCCGGCCCGGUUGCAACAACAAUGCCUGUUAUAACACUGUGUCCAACCCGGCUCUUAAUAAUACUUUCUACUCUGGUGCUGAAAUCGCAGAGGAUGUUUUGACGAUCCAAUCCAUUAACGGAUCCAAUAUGGGCCCUGAAUCCCGCGGGCCCGUUGUAACUAUCCCGAAGUUUAUCUUCAGCUGUUCUCCAUCUUUUUUAACCCAAAAAUUAGGUGCAGAUGUUAAAGGAAUGAUUGGAUUUGGACAGCAAAGUUCAGUAUCAUUUGUUACUCAACUUGCAUUAGCUUUUAAAUUCAGCAGACAAUUUGCUAUUUGCUUGAGUUCAUCACCUCAAGAAAACGGAAUCAUUUUUAUUGGGCAUAGGCCCUAUCUCUUUGCAUUUGGCUUUGAUGCUUCGCAAGAUCUUUUCUAUACACCUAUAAUUCGCGCCUCACCAGAGUAUUACAUUCAAGUUUCUUCCAUUAGAGUUAACGCGAAAACGUUGCCAUUGAACAACACGUUACUCUCGUUAGGCGGGACGAGAAUCAGUACGGCCGUUCCUUAUACUGAAUUGGAGCCUUCUAUUUACGAUAUGGUAAGUAAAGCUUUUAUUAGUGAAAUGCCGGAAAAUGUGAAAACUGUAUCUCCAGUGGCACCUUUUAAAACUUGUUUUAACUCUUCGUUUAUUGGUAUAUCACGCCUGGGCUACAAUGCACCUGGAAUUUAUUUUGUUCUCCAUAAUCCAAAUGUGUUUUGGACAAUUACUGGAGCGAAUUCAUUGUUAUUAGUAAAGCAGGGGGUGUUUUGUCUAGCAUUUGUUGAAGGGAAAAAAGAAACGGGACAAGCGAUUGUUAUCGGUAGUUAUCAAAUGCAGAACAAUCUUGUGGAAUUUGAUCUAGCUAGAAGAAGAAUUGGGUUUACUAACUCUCUUUUUUUCCGUCAGACUAUGUGUUCAGAUCAAUUCUAUACUUCUUAA